GCAUGGGAGGAGGCCAACUUCGGAGGGGAUUAUAAAGCAUUAUGUAGUAGUUCUGGAUUAUAAACCAUGAGACAACAUUGCUGCAUACAGAGCUUACGAAAAGGUGCCGGUGCACAAAACGUGUUCUCUGGAAGGGUGGCUGACUUUUCAAGGAACAUUUUCCUAAAGAUUUUGUUUUCGAUGCGUGCACCGCAUUUUUCCAGUCAACAUUUCAUUUCAAGUUUUUGGUUAGUGAGACUCAUUUUUUUGUACUUCUGCCGCACUGUAUUUACUUAAAUUGAGGAUAGCCGCGUGCACCCAUCUGGAUCGCAAUCAUGUAUUUGAAGAACAGAAACAAUACAAUCAACACAGAGAAGACCAAGAAGAACAUAAAAGGGAAAACAUGCUCUUAUUUGAGGUCAAAACCACACUAUGACGAAAAUGUGGCUUUGACACUGAAAGAGAACAGCAAAGUGGAGAGAAACAAAAAGGUGACUGAGGAUGAGGAGUUGCUGCAGAGGACAGCCUUCGGAAAGGCCUUGUACAAUCUGACCCAUUCAGAGAGGGUGAUGGAUGAUCUGACAUUUGGGCGACGGGUGGGAUUUUACGAACUGAAGGGAGAAAUCGGCUCUGGAAACUUUUCCCAGGUCAGGCUGGGAAUGCAUGACCUCACCAAAGAGAGAGUGGCAGUGAAAGUCCUGGAUAAGGAGCGUCUCAGCAAACACGCCCAAGGCCUCUUCGCCUCCGAGAUCACCUGCAUGGAGAGGCUCUCCCAUCCAAAUAUAGUGCGCCUGUACGAGGUGGUGGAAACGUCCAAACGCCUUUACCUGAUGAUGGAGUACGCCAGUGGGGGGGAGCUGUUCACCAGGAUCACCACCAGGGGGCGCCUGUCGGACCUUGAGAGCAAGCUUGUGUUUUCCCAGGUUCUCUCAGCAGUCAAGCACAUGCAUGAUAAUAACAUUGUUCACAGAGACCUAAAGGCUGAGAACGUGUUCUACACCCACACCUACUGCAUUAAAGUGGGGGAUUUCGGCUUUAGCACGUGUUGCUACUCCGGUGACACGCUUCACACUUUCUGUGGAUCUCCACCCUACGCCGCUCCUGAGCUUUUCAAAGAGAAAGGCUACAAUGGACACUAUGCCGACAACUGGGCGCUGGGUAUUUUGCUCUACUUUAUGGUGACCGCCACAAUGCCUUUUAAAGCGGCCACCACCAACAGGCUGAAGAUGUGCAUCCUGCAGGGCUCCUAUGCCAUUCCCUCAUACGUCUCCCAGUCCUGCCAGGAGAUCAUAAAGGGCCUCCUGAGGCCGGUUCCCGUCGACCGCCUCACCUUGCCGCAGAUUAUGAAGAGCGGCUGGAUGACGGGCAUUGAGUACCCUCAAGCCUACCCGCCUUCCAGAGCUACUCCGUCACACCUGGUCGAGCCUAACCACCAACUCACCUCGGAGGAGCUGUGCGUCAAAGUGGCCCUGGAGGAUCUUGGCAUCAGCGCGGUCCAUCUGCACAACAAGAGUCUCGACUUGAGAAACCCCCUCACCGGGGCUUAUCGGAUCAUGCUGCAUCGAAUCCAGAAGAGGAUAUCGAUAGAGGCUGCGGGUUACAGCAGGACAUGCACGAGUGACUCCCUGCACAGGCUGCGAUGGAAAGCUGGCUCAGAGAGCCUUCUGUACAAGCGCCACUCUGUGGUCUGUGCUGUCAUGUAGCUUAGUCUCUCUUUCUGAAGAGCUACCUGUGUGGAAGACAUGCUCGUUCGUGCUUCCAGCCUGAGAUGUAGGGGAUGGCCCCAACUCGUAUUUUUUUUUCUAGGAAUGUGAAUCACCUCUUAGGCACACUUACUGUAACUCCAUCCUGUUUCCCCCCCC